GCCGGCCGGGCCACUCGCCGCCCUGCCGCCCCCAGUCGCCGCGCAGUGAACCAGGGACGACGCGAGCCGAGCCAGCACGGUGCGCCGAGGAGACGCGUCUGGCCAGCGCAGUGCGGGAGACGAGACGAGUUUGGCUGGGCGGUGUGGGAGACGAGACACGCGUCCGGCGCGCGCAGUGCGGGAGACGAGACCGUCCGGCCAGCGAGGCCGUCCAGUGAGAGCCGCCGGGCCAGCAUGCCGCGGGUGCGCCAAGACGGGAGCCGCGGCUGAGGAAGCCUCUCCGCGCGCGUCGGCGCAGCGCCGGCCGAGCUGCAGCGACCCGUCUGCAUGGGCCGGGCGACGCGAGAUGGCCAAGCAGCUGGGCUGGUGAUCCUCCGUCGUCGUGCGACCUCCGAGCAGCACCCGCAAAAUGCGCCUCGGCACCAUGACAGCUAUAGUGGUUUUGUUGGUGUCGGCGACCAGCGGUUCUGAGGGCAGUGGUGUAUCGGAUCUGGAGGAGGUCGGCCUGUCCAGUCAUUCUCCCAGCACGGGGAGUCAACACAGAAUACGCCACAGGCACGCGGCGCGACGGCGGGCGCAGCAGGAGCGGCGUCAGCUGGCCGUCGACGAGCCGCUGCCGCUGCCCGACGACCUGCAGGAGUCGGCCGAGGACCCGGAGCUGGAGGACGGCCGCCAGAGGGCGGCGCUCCGGUACGCUGACCCGGCCGCCGACUUCACCGUCUGCUGCCCGGCUAAGGAGGAGCGCACGAGCCCGCACGCCGGCACGAGGCGCGACGGCAGCCUCGCCUUCCUCUACUCUGACGCCGACUUCAAGCAGAUGUUCUUCGAGCGCUCGUGCCGCGAGCAGACGGACGAGGAGGUGGCGCUCGUGCGUCGCCUGGUGCGCCGUCGCUUUCGCUGCGUGCAGGAGUACUCGUACUCGUACGCCGUUUACGACGUGAACGGCGCCAAAAUGCUAGACUUCAUUCGGAUACGCAGUGGUUGCCGGUGCGAGAUCAAACAGCGGAGCAACCGACGGAAAAAGAAGAGGAAGUGGGACCGGAAGCAGAGUGCGGCCAUGCGACGGCGAUACCAGAAGCGGCGUCGCCGUGCCCAGCGGGGAGGGCAAUCUCAGACGAACGCUCGCACCGCGUCAUAGCUUUAUAUAUUAAUGAUGUGAUGGUUAGAAUCGGUUGCCUGUGCGCGCUACGAUAAUAACAAACAUUUCGGUCACGACAGUGGUUUAAUUGAGAGCCGCUUUUAGCGUUUGUUGCGCGUGCGAAGGUCGGUCGAACAGCUGACGACUCUGCGGCCCCAGGCAAGUUUGCCGCCGGCUGUGUCAGGGCAUGGUUCCUAUUCUCCGGCUUCGGCCACUGCCAUUAGACUACCUGAAAAUCUUUAAUCGGUUUUCGCUGCUCGGAGACGAACGUUUGGCUUUUACUGAGUUGACCGUGUUUUGUUGACUCGCGCCUGUCACCGGGCUCAAGCACUGUUUGGUGCUCCAACGCGUCUUAGGCAGCUCAUUCACUUGUGGUCUGCAUUGAAUUGACUGUGCCGCGUCAUAAACCCUGGUAAGAAACAUCAUUU